GAAAAACGUGUUUGUCCACCUGACAAAGAUGGCGGACAGAUGAGAAAUCAUGAUGAUGUCUCCGAAUUUUCACCAUAUUUGCGGAAACGUAAGCGAGCACGAUUCUGCUGCAGAAAAUAUUUAGCCCUCUAUGUUCCUAAAAAAAGCAGAUUUGAGAUCUAAACCAUGCUGAAGUGGUUUGGCUCCGACGACGCUGGCUCUUCACCCGGAGCCAGCGAUGGUCCUGUUAAGCCCUCUGUCUCUGAGGAGACAGAGCGUUUGACUCAGAUGGAGCAGCUCGUGUCUCAGCUGAAGGAGAUGAUCCGAGAAAAAGAUGCAGCUCUGCACAAUAAAGAUGAACAGCUCAAGGGAGAAAAGGAGGCGUGCGAAGCGAAGCUGUCUAAGAUGCGGCUCCAGAACAAAGCAAAAGUCACGUCUCUAAACUCACAGCUGGAGGAGCUGAGGAAACUGCAGGGGGAGCCACCACAGCUCAAAAGGAGUGGAAGUGGAGAAUCGGGGGAAUCGGAGCACACCGGAGCCAGCAGAGGGAAAAUUUUGUUGCUUAAAAGGAAAUUGGAAGACCUGGAGCAGCAGCUUGCACAAAGAAAUCAGGAACUGCAUCUGAAGACAAAUGAACUGGAAGCCCAGAGGGAGCGCGGUUCUGAGAUGGAUGCCAUGUUGGUGGAAAAAGACAAACGCCUGGCUGAAAAAGAAGACUUCAUCAUUCACUUACAGAUGGCCUUAGGUGGAGCCACAUCGGAUAAAACAGCGGAGCAAGUAACACCGGAAAGCAAGGAAGCUGCACUUCAGGAGUUGGAGAUGCUGGUGAAAAACCUGACGAGAAAAGUUGAAGACGGAGAAGAGAGGUACAGCCUCUUAAAGGAGCAGAGCGACAGUUUCAGAGAGCUGCUGGUCACAGAGAGAGCUCAGUUUGAGGAGAAGGAGAACAUGUACAAACAAAAUAUCCAGACAUUCAAGGACAUCAUUUUACAAAAAGACAACAGGUUAACAGAGAUGGGUCAGUUGCAUGAGCAGGAGCUUUUUAAACUCGCAGCAAAGUCAGACGCUAGUGCAGAUCUUGAGCAGCUUUUGAAGGCUCUUAAACAGAAACUGCAUGAAAAGGAAGAGGUCCUUCUAGGAAAAACUCAGGUGAUUGAUGUCCUUCAAGGAGAAGUGGAUGGAAGGGAUCAGCAAAUACAGGAGCUGAACGAGCGCUUGAGACGCUUACAGAGCGAGAAGGAAAACCUCCAGUCUAAAAUGGACGCCGAGAAACACAUCAUGCGCACUCAGGUUAGAGACCUCAUGGAGAAGCACCAAGAGGAGCUGAAGAAAGUGACGGAGAAAUACGAGAGGGAGAUGUCGGAGAAGGAGAUGAUAACCAUCUCCUCUGCUUCAGUCACCACGUCUGCAGACUUGAGCGUUGACCCAUCAGUGAACCAGAGACUCUCAGAUCUUGAAGCCCAAGUCAAGCUCAAAGCAGAAGAAGCCAGCAAGUCAGAGGCGAAGUUUUUGAGGAUGAAAGCCUGGUCCAAAUCCCGCACCCGCCAACUAGAAGAUGAGCUGAAGAAAGCGCAGUGUGGAACCGCGGCCCCGGAUGUAACGGCGCUUCGUGCCCGUGUCAGCGAACUGGAAGAGGAGAGAGAAGAGCUGCUGUGUAAACUGGAGCAAUAUGACGAGCUCAAGGGCAAAAAUGAUGUUUUAGAGUCCAAGCUGGUGGUGUAUGAGGAGCAGCAGAGAAAAAUGCAGGCCGAUCUGGAGCAAGUCACUAAGAGAGCUGCAUCCCAGGCGAGUGAAGCUGGAAGCAUGGACGAUGCUCAGAGUCAGGUGAUGGAGUGGCAGGAUAUGAUGACGAUGGUGGCUGAAGCUGAAGCGGCACGAAAUCACAUCCGAGAGGAGAAGAACAUGCUAGAAAUCCGAAUGAGCCACAUCGAGGAGGAAAGAGAAGAACUGAUUGAGGAUGACUGGUUCUUUCCUGGCUGCUCCGAUCCAGCAUUGGCCAAUCGGCAGCGGGAGUUGGAGGAGGAGUUGGCUCAGGCUCGAGGGCUCCGUCCACAAAGGGGCAAGAAGACGGGAAGCUCCAGCCCCAACAACCUGCAGGAGGACUUUGAGUUCACCAACAGGUCAUCUUUCCCAGAUUCCCACAAUCCCUCUGGCAGUAUCACUCCAAUGGAAGGGGAGAACAUGGGAGAGGGUCUGAGGUCUGUUGUGGAAGAACUGGAACUUGAAAGAAAUCAACUGCAGGAGCAAAUCCUUGGACUGGAAGAGCGCUGUCAGGACUUGGAAGAUCGGUUGCAGUUACAGGCUCGCGUCGAGUCCCUACAGAAUGAAUCUGAGAAACUGCAAGCUCAGCUUAGCAGCCUGCGCAGUCAGCAAAGCAGAGAUGCUGAAAAGCAUCAGCUUCUUGUCACGAGUUUGAACGAGCAACUCAAAGGGCUAAGCAGCACACAGGAGUGUCUCGAAUCCUCUCUGAUGGAGAAAGAGCACACACUCGCCCAAACAUCGGAGAAACUCGAGCUUAUCGACAGUCUGAAAGACGCACUGAAGGAGAAGGAGAUGCAGCACAAAGACGUUGCCGAUAAACUACUAGUGACCGAAAACAAUCUUUCUGAUGUGACCAAGAAGUGCAGUACAUUUGAGAAGCAGUGCACAGAAAUGAAAGAAACAGUCGCAGAGCUCAUGCAGAAGCUUAAUGUGCUGAAAGAGAAGAUGCAGAGACAAGAAGCUACAAUUGAAUCGUUGCAGAGCGAUUUGGAUCAAACCACCGAUGAGCUGGACAAGCUGAACACCACACAUUUAGAAGAAAGAGCACAGCUUAUUCACGAUCUCCAAAGCUGCGAACGAGAAAUUGACAGCCUCAAAGACGUUAUUGCAGACAAGGACAAGGAAAUCUCAGCUCUCUCGGGCAAUAUGUUAGAAUAUGCAGAGCAAAUACAAGAGCUUAAACAGGAAAUAAGGCAUAAAGAGGAGGAUCUGGUUCGUAUUGAGAGUGCUCUUUUGAAAGCUGAACAGGAAGCUCGAAUAAUUAAAGAUUCACAGUCUUCUGACCAGAAAUCCCUUAAUAUGAAAAUAGCUGAGCUGACUGAACAACUCAGGGUCACAGAGAAUGAUCUAACCUUGGCCCGUAAAGAGAACGAGGCAAAGAUAAAUGAAACGAAGGAUCUGCUCAGUCAACUGGAUGAAAACAAGCUGAUGAUACAAGAUCUCAACAUGGAAAUUCAGAAGCUGCACACAAGUCAGCGUGCUCACCUAACCGAAUGCGAAACUCAAAUUUUAACACUGAAGGAACAAAUGCUGGCUGCUUCUCAAAAACUUCAAGACUCUGAGGACGUUCUUGCUCAGCUAAAGGAGACAAGGAAUUCAAACGAGAAGCUCAAAGAGCAGAUCCUCGACCGUGAGCAGACCCAUGAGAAGGAGAUGAAGACUCUCAAGGAAGAACGCAACAAGCUAUUGGCAGACGUUACAAAAUAUAACAAUGAGCUUCAUUCUCUAUCCAGUCAGCUUCAAGCACAGGUCGAGUGCCAGGAACAGGUUAAGCUAGGGGUUGAAGAAAAACUGGUGACUAUAAUGUCGCUGGAGGAAAAGCUGCGGAAUGUACAGAAGAAGGCAGAAGAAGAAAAGAAGGCACUACAAGAAGAGUUGGCUGGCAAAACAAAGACCAUUUUGAAGCUGGAAGUAAAGAUGAAAUCACUUAAGGAUGAAAUUCUAGGUCUUCAAAAAUCUCUCGAGGAGAAUUCACAGACCCAAACACAGCUUUUGCAAGAAUCCCAGAAACAAAUGGAUUUAGUGCUAAACCAUAAUGUCAGCCUGCAGUCCAGAGUGGACGACCUCACCGAAGAGAAUCAUGCUCUUAAGCAGGAAGUUGUGAACAAGGUACAGUUGCUGCAACAGGUUGCAGAGGAGAAAGACUUGCUGCUGAGGAAAACAGAAGAAAUUGAAUCACGGCAAGUGGAAAAUGGAAAAACGGUAGAAGACCUGAUUAAAGAUAAGGAAAGGCUUAAUGAUAGAGCUACAGAGCUUGAGCAAAGCCAGCAGUCUCUUUCUGAACAUCUGUUGGAGAAAACAGGUGAGUGUAAUCAGCUUAAAGAGUCACUGGAGAAUAGUAAAGAGCUGGUUGGGCGUUUACAAAGCCAAAUAGAGACCUUGAACACUCAGGUUGACCAAUUAAACUGUAAACUAUCAGAAAAUGAGAGGACUCUGAGUGAGAAAAUUGUACACAUAGACACCCAGCAGAGUCAAAUCAUGCGGCUGCAGGAGAGUUUGAACUCAGGAGAAUCGGAGAAGGAUAGUCUUUUACAGCAACAAGCCUCCCAGUUCACGUCUUUACAAAGUGAACUUGUACAACAGAGGAAUCUUUUUUCAGUGCUUCAAACCGAAUGUGACUCCCUCAGAGAAGAAUGUACCCAACUCCGUCACAGUCAUCAGGAACAAACCACAGCUCUCAGUGAUAAGACUAACGAGUGUCAAAGCCAUCUAAAUGAACUGGACAAGAGGAACGCAUCUCUUUCUUCCCUCAGCAGUCAGUUAGGGACCAUGAAUGAGCUUAAUGCCAAGCUUGAGGCUGAAAAUGGCGACAUGAAAAAGACCCUAGAAAAGUUGCUUGCCAGUAACAAGAACCUGACUGAAGAAAUAAAUCUUAGGCAGACUAAAAUAAUUGAGUUUCAUAACAACAUUCAGGCUCUGAGCACACAGAACUUACAGAUAAGAGCUUUAUAUGAGAAUAAGGAGAAGGAGCUAGCCGAAUUGAGUCAGCUUGUAUCCGAAAUGGAUAAGAAGCUAGCGACGACACUGGAAGAGAAGGGAAACGUUGCUGCUCAGAUUUCUAUCCUUGCUGAGCAAAACAGUACCAUUCAAAAAGAAAAAGAGGAGUUAGUGAAGGAACAAAACUUGUUAAAUGACAAACUUUCUGGGUUUGAGAUGCAGCAUGCAGAAAACCGUAAAAUUAUAGGAGGCUUGCUUAAAGACAAAGAAGAGUUAAACGAAACAGUCAAGCAAACCAAGGAAGCCAUACUUGAAAAGACAACUGAAUGUGAGUUUCUCUCAAGACAACUUCAGGAGAGCAGAGAGUCUAUAAACCACUUGAACGAACAGCUGAGGAUGUCAGAUUCUCAAUUUAACCUCAGUUUUGCUGAAAAAGACCAGGUCAUUUCAGAUCUACGCAAACAGCUUGUGGGUUAUCAGGACCAGCUUAAUCACCUACAAGAAACUCUCUCAUUACUUCAGGAACAGGGUGUUGCUCUAAAGUCUGGACUUCUGGAGAAAGAUGCAGUUAUACAACAGCAGUCUAAGGAGUGUUCUUCGUUACAAAGUGAGCUUAAUCAUCAGCAAGAGCUUACCACAAACCUCAAAACUGAGAACGAGAAGCUUAAAGGAGAAUGUUCCCAACUGCUCCAGGAUUUGAGAGCGAGAGAAAGUGAAUGUUGUAAUCACACCGACGAGCUUAACAAGAGAAAUGAGUCACUGGUUUCAGUUACUGGCCAGUUAGCAACCACGAACGACAAUGUUGCAAAGCUUCUCUCAGAUAACGAACAUCUUAAACAUUCUUUGGAGAGUCAUUCGGCAGAGAGCGCAAUGAUGAAAGAGGAGCUGAGCCAGAAACAAGUCGAGCUGGUGAAACUUCAGGAUAAGGUGCAGGCAUUAAAUGAGGCAAAUAGUACAUUAAAUGCCAAACUCCAAAAAUCAGAGACAGCGAUUUCCAUAAAACAAGAAGAAAUCUGUGCUCUUCAGAAACAGUUGUCCGACAGGGAUGCAGAUUUCACAUGUUUGACGCAGCAGCUAGGGACCGAGCGUUCCAAGGCCGAAAGCUUACAUCUGGAACUACAGCAAAAAGAGGAGUCCUUUAAACAACAGGAGACGUUCUUGAGUCAAUUACAGGUCAGAUUUGAAUCCGGCGAGGGUCAAAUCAGCCAGAAAAUGGAAGCCAUAUCUGAGCUACAGAGGGAUGCACAGAACUUACAAAGAUCACUGCAGGAGAAAGAUGUCUUACUGCUCAAGAAAGAUCAAGAGAUUGCUCGGUUGAGUGAAAAGAUAAUGUCAGAAUUAGAAGUGUCGAAAGCACGCAUUAAAUCUGACAUGGAUGUCAUCUCUAAAUUACAAGGUGACUUGGAGGUUUUGUUUGAGAAAAAUGACAGCCUCAGUUCAGCUCUAACUGAAAAGGAUGCUCUGCUGAAGAACGAAGCAGAGAAGCAGCUGAGCAUGAAGGCCAACACUGACAAACUUGAAGACACCAUUUCCCAACUGACUUGUAAAGCACAGGGCUUUUCCUCUGAGAUCACACAACUCAGGGCUGCACUAGCUGAGAAAGAUCAGGCCCUUCUUGACACUUCAUCUAAACAGUCUACAGAGCUCGGCAGACUGAAUGAAACCCUGAAAGACAAAGAUGAAGAAAAUGACAACUUAAGACAAGAGUUGUCUCAACUUAAAGAACAGCUUUCAAUGUUGAACUUCAAUCUCAGUGACCAGUUUGCAGAGGUAUCAAGACUCAAAGCAGCCCUCGAAGAAAGCACUUGCACUGUGGUGGACAAAACUGAAGCUCUUCAGGAUCUUCAGAGGAAGGCUGAUGAGGCUGACUUGUUGAAGAGUCAGUUUAUGGAAAGUACAGAACUAGUGUCUGAGCUGCAGAAUCAAACUCAGGCCCUCAAGGAAGAGACUGUGAGGCUUUCCAUAGCGAUAGACGAGAAGCAAAGUGCCUUAACAAACCUUCAGGAUAAAUUUGCUUUUCAAGUGGAAGAACUUCAAGAAGCCAAAAAUCUGCUGUUCCAAAAGAACAAAGAAUUGUCAAACAUAAACCAGACGAUAAGUGAGCGAGACAGACAAAUUCACACCCUUCUACAGGAGUCAUCCUCUUUGCAGAAUGAGGUCCAGCAGCUGCGAUUGUUUAACGCUGAAGUUCUGAAGCAAAAGGAUGAUGCAUUAGUUGCUCAGCAAAUGAAUGCCAAUGCCCUGACUAUAGAAAUCGAGAGAUUAAAGGAACAACACCUUCAAGUUGCAGCCCAGGUUAAUUCCCUGACUGAGAGCCUUGAGCAAAGGGAAUUGGCUCUGCAUGCUAUUAAUAGUCAAUACACUGCUCAGGUAAAGCAUACAGAGGACACCAUGUCAGAGAUGCAGAAAAUAAAUGAGCUGUGCAAGAAGCUGCAAGAGGAAAAACGUUUGACCAAGCAGGAGCUAGAUCGAGUCAACAAUGAAAAGACAAAAAAGGAAGAGGAGGCCCAUAAGUUAUUUCUGGAAAAAGAGGCAUUCAGUAGGAAUUACAGUUAUGAGAUUCAAAGGACACAAGAACAGCUGCAGCUUCAAAGUCAACAGCAACACAGUAGCAUGGAGAGAAUGAAGACAGAGAUGGAGCAACUCCAGGACCAGGUUAGUGCCAAAGAUGAUAUUAUCACCGGAUUGAAAUCCGAAGUUGAGAGAGUUGAACAAACUCUUCAAGAGUCUGAGAAAGAGUGGCUUUCAGUGCUUGACAGGGAAACGCAGGCUAAGAAUGUCCUCGCUAAGCAACUCGAGGAAAUCAAGCAUGAACUGACUUCCAAAGACAGUAAAGUGCAUGCUCUGAAACAGGACCUAGAUCAUUUAAAUGAGAAGUUAGUCAAAGCCAUGCUGGCUAUUGAACAGGGCUCAGAGAGGCUUAAGGAAAAAGAAUUGGAUGCUUUAAUGAGUAGAAGCAAAUUAGAGGAGUUUGUCUACACAGUUCAAGAAAAGGAUAAGGAGAAUAUUGAAUUAAGCCAGGCCUUAAACGAUAAGAUAAUAGAGCUCAGGAAACUGGUAGAAAGUCAAGAGUAUGCUCAGAAGGAGGUAUCCCGUUUAACACAGUGCGUGUCAGAUAAAGAAGAGGCUUUCAGGGAAGAGCGAGUUUCCUUACAAUCCACAAUUAAGCAGUUACAAGAAGUCAAUCAGUCUCAAGAGUCCUUCUUUAAGAAUGAAUUAGCUGAGUUAAAUAGGAAGCUAGAGCAAAAGCAUGUGGAGGGUCUAGAUAGUAAUAGUGAGAGCGAAGGCAAGAUCACUUUUUUGUCUGAAAACAUUAAAGAGCUUGAAGAAAAACUCAGGACAGAAGUCCAGAAAUCUGAAGAUUUGAAGGAGGCUAGUUUGAAACACAAUGUACUUAUCCAAAAGAAAGAUGAUAAACUCAGUUGUAUGAGCAUUCAGAUAAGUCAGCAAAAAGAGCUAAUCACAGCACUCAGCCAGCAGCUAAAAUUGAGGGAGACGUCGAUAACACAAGUGGUUGCAUCUGCCUCAAAUGAAAGGAUAAAACACGAGGACCAGCUCAACAGUCUGAUUUCACAACUGGAAGAGACAAAGGCAAAUCUCUCUCUUUACCAAAGUCAAAUUGAAAUGAAAGAAUCUGAAAACAAGGUUUUGGUGAAAGACAGCAAUGAACUUAAAACUGAAAUCUCCCAAGUAACUAAAGAAAAAGAGGCCAUGAAGAAAAAGCUCCAAGCAGCGCUUGUUGUUAGGAAAGAAUUGCUAAAAAAAAUAGAGGAACACGAGAAACAGCAUGCAAAAAGUGCAGAGAGCAAAGUAGAGGAUUCAGCUUUGCGCGAGAAAUUCGAAGAACUCAUGACGCAAACAAACUCUCUCAAAAAAGAACACGAUACAAUUGUUUCUGAACUUAUUCAGCAGUUGAAGGAUAAAGACAGUAAAAUCACUGAAUUGUUGCUGUUUAUGUCAGAAAAAGAUCAGAUCAUAGUGCAAAUGGAAGCCAGUGCUCAUUAUUUACAAGGGAGACUAAAGGAAAAGGAGGAUAAUUUGAGCUCCACCCUCCAGAAACUAGAAGAACAGAAGCUUUUAAUUGACCAGCUUCAAAUUAAAAGCAAUGAAAACGACGUUGCUUUUGAGAAUGAAAAGCAGAAAUUUGUGGCCAAACUCCAGCAACUAGAGAAAGACAUGACCGACAAGGACGUAAGAAGCGAGAGAUCACAUCAUACUGAAGAAUUAGAAAGUGAGUUGGCUAAGGUAAAGAAAGAGAAAUCUGAGCUUCAGAGGAAAGCUCAAGCUGCAUUGUUGGCCCGCAAAAAAUCUCAAGAAAAUCAAAAAAUGUUAAAUGACGAGCUUUGUGAACUUAAGGCUAAUUUCACAUCUCUUCAGGAGAAGCACAGCAAGCAAACGCAGGAGUCUAUGGCUGUCCAAUCAGGCUAUGAUCUCAGAGUACAAGAGCUGGAAUGUACACUUCAGAAUUUAAAAUGUCUACAAGACAAAGUAGAGGUCUUAGAGAGAGGCAUUGAGCAAAGAGAAGCGGCCGUGCAGCAUUUACAAACGUCCUUAGAAACACAAUCAGGGCAAACAUCAUCAGUUGUUGAAGAGAUGGAGUGUCUUAAACAAAACUUGGAAAAUGUGAAAUCUGAAUUGGCUCAUAAAGAUGAAUUACUAUUCAGCUUGCAAAAACAGACUAAAGAAACGGUAGAACAAAGAUCUGAACUUGCUAAAGAAAUCACAGAAAAAACUGAUGAAAUUGCAAAACAAAAGUUUUACAUCCAAAGUAUUGAACAGCAACUUAAGGACCUGGAACAAAGCAGGGCCAAGCUUCAGUCUGACCAUCAAAAUCAAUUGGAUAUCCUUAAUGCAUCCUUUGAACAACGGUCGUCUUUACUUCAAGAAGAGCUAGAGUGUCUUAAAAAGAAAUUGAAAAAGAUCACACAUGAAAUGGCCCCCAAAGAUGAACUACUGCUCAAAUUUGAGGAACAAUCCAAAGAAAUGGUUGAGAAGUUUCUGUUUGAAAGAUCUGAACUCGAUAAAGAGAUCCACGAGAAGAACCAAGAAAUUGAGCACCUGAAGUUCUACAUUCAGACAACUGAAAGACAACUUGAGCAGUUUAAAAAUGACACGACCAAGCUUCAGUCUGAGCAUCAGACCCAAUUGGCAUCUUUUGAAGAGCUAAAACCAACUAUGAAGGCAGUUGAAGGUGAAGAAUGCAAGAAAAACGAGUUGCGGAACCAAAUAGAAAAACUUUGUCAGGAAAGAGAUGUCGUAACCACAGAUCUGGAGUCUGCCUUAAAAAUGGUCACUCAGAGAUCGGAAGAACUGCAGGUUUUGCAGAAUGAAUUAACCGUAGCUCGUCAGCAAGUUUCUGAAGAACAUUCUCAGUGGCAAGAAGCAAAAUCUGAAGUGGAACAACUGAAAUUAGAAAUAGAAGCUCUAUGGAGAGAAAAAGAGAGCUGCAUGAUGGACAUUGAAAAAUCCAGACAGGAUUACACCCAACUUGAGUCCCAGCUGAAGCAACUUGAAAGACAAAACAAGGAGCUUCUGGUUAAGACCAAAUUUACCGAUAAACCAUCUGUACCAUCUGAAUGCUCGAAAGUGACUUGUGAACAACGAACCACUUUAAAAGAGGGAGAGUUUCAGUCUUUGCUUUCAGAAAAGGAGGCACUCAUAUCUGCUCUGGAACAACAACUUCAGAGACAAAUUCAUCUCCAUGAGGUUGAAAUGGAAAAAAUGAGAAUAGAAGUCAGUGAGCGACAACAGAAACCAGCAGAAAUUGGAGAUAAGAAGACAGUAGAUCCGAUAACAAAAAAACUUCAAGCUGCUUUGAUUUCUCGCAAGGAGCUUUUGAAGGAGAAUCGGGCUUUCACAGAAGAAAUCCAGAAACUACAGUCGAAGAAUGAACAUGUGCAAAGUGAACUGUCAUCUUUAGAAAGCACUGUUUUUGACCUCAGACGGCAGAAAAAUGAACUGGAAAGUAACAUUUCCAAGCUAAGUGCUGAAAAACAGAUCCUCGACAGGGAUCUGGAUCGAAUCCUGAGCGAAAAUCACAACCUAUCAGCAGCCUGUGAAAGCCUUAAACUCACAAUCGAGAACAUCACCCAACAGAAGCAAGCCUUCUCAUGUCAACUGGAAUCCCUUAAAGACUCACAAACCGAAGAGUUGUCCGAAUGGAAAUCCAAGCAUGCUGAUUUGAAGCAGGAAUAUGAAUCUCUCCUCCAAGCUUACGAGAAUGUCGGCAGUGAAAUGGACAAGAUGAGGCAGCUUCUUGAAGGUGCUAAGAGAGAGAGGCAGGAAGCUCUUUUAAAGUCUCACAAAUAUGAAUCUGAAAGAGAAAUUCUUGAUAAACAGAUUGCUGAAUUAGUGGAAGAAAAUGACAAAAUGAAAGAAAAAAUGAGAAAGUUUGCCAAGGUGAAACAACAGAAGAUUGAGGUGCUUGAAGUGGAAAAUGAAAAGAUAAGAAAAGACCUGCUGUCUUUUGAUGACAAACAAAAAUGCACAGUCGACGAAUUGACUUUAACAAAUAGUAGGUUAGAAAGUGAGAUCAAGUCCCUCCAAGAAUCAUCAGAGGAGCUUAGAGGACAGAUGUGCAAACUACAGCAGGAGAACCAGAUCCUGGCAAAGGAGCUCAAAGAAGCAAGCUUAUCUCUUGAGAAGUGGCACAAGGAGUCUGAAUCAACUGAAAGCAGUCUGCAGGUCAAAUUAAGUGAAGCUCUUCGUUUGAACGGAUCUUUUGCAGCUCAAAUAGAGACCCAAAAAACAGAUUUAGAGGUGCAUAUUGAAAUGGUCGCGCUGCUCGAAAAGGAGAAGUCAAAUCUUGCCGAGAAACUAAAACAGACAAAGGAUAACCGUGAAGGAGAAGUGAGCGAGCGCGACAAAAUUAUAUCAGAUCUUAAGCAGGUAAUAGAGAAAAACAGACAAGAAACUAUAAACCUAAGUGAAAAGGUUAAGAUUUUGGAAGAUGAUAAAUGUAUGCUGCAAGAGGAACUUGAGAACGUCCAAGAGACAUCUGAUAAAGUAAAAAACGAAAACGAAUAUUUGGAGACGGUGCUUCUGAAAAAUUCUGAAAGAAUCGAUGAAUUGACCGAGGCAGUUAAUAUCUUGCAAACACAAAAAUUGCAGCUUUCUGCUCAACUCAUGGAAGUCAAGGAGGACAAGGCAAAGGUUUGUCAAGAAAAGGAGCACUUGCACUUGAAGCUUGUGAAAGAAUUUGAAGAAAAGCUCAAAGUGUUGCAAAGAGGCACAGAAGGUUCUAAAAACAUGAAGAAAGAACUACAAGAGCUGCUAAAAGAGAAGCAUCAAGAGCUCAACCUGCUACAAGAAGAUUGUAUUAAAUAUCAGGAAUUGAUCCUUAAUCUAGAAAGGUCUCUAAAACAAUGUGAGACCCAGCAACAGCAAGUACAGAAGGAGCUCAGUGACAUGACUGAGAACGUCAAAGUUUUGCAAAAGGAGAAUGAAAGUCUCGAAAAAGAAGUCAAAACACAGAAAAACCUCCUCAACGAGACCAAAAAGGAACUGUCCAGAGUAACUUCUGAGAAACAUGUGCUCGAAGAGGAACUCGCAGAGCGGCAAGAACAGUCCGAAUUUGAGUCGGCGGAAAGGGAGAGGUCCUUGGAAAAAAUGGCAGAACAGCAGCAAGCCCUUUUAAAAGAACAGCGAGCUGAGCUGCAGAAACAGAUCAGCAACUUGCAAGAGCAGAAUAACAGGGAAGCUCAAGUUAUUAUGUCCUUACACAAACAAGUAGAGUCUAAAGAUUUGCAGCUUAAAACCCUAAAGAGAGAAGCAGAGACCAAUUCGGCCAAGCUAGCAGUGUUAAGUGUAGAUCCAAACAUUGGCAAUGCUGCAGAGCAGUGGGACAAUGUUUUUCAUAAACUCUUGCAUGAUAAGGACAACCAGCUUCAUGAACAAAGCUUGGUUAUUACUCAACUAUCAGAGGACAAUAGGGAGAAAGGCAGGGUGUUAAGUGAUAUGCAGAUUACUAAUCGGAAAUUGGAGAGGACUUUGAACGAAUAUUCAGUUGCAGCUGCUGCACACCAGAGGCAGCUGUUUGUAAUGCGUGCAAGCAAUACUGAACUCAAUCAAAACCUCGAGAUACUUACAAAACGGUCCGCCGAACAAAGUGCCUUAAUUGAGAGGUUAGUAACUGAUAAAAGCAGCCUUGUGAAACAAGUCGAAGAGCAAAAAUAUUCCAUUUCUCAAGUAAAGUCCAAUCUUGAGCACUCCUCUAAAAUGUUAGCAGACAAAGAAUCCGAGCUCCUUGUAGUCCAGGCCCAGUACAGCAAGCUUCUCGUUGACUUGGAAAAGCAAGAAGCCAUUUUAUUGCACUUGAAAUCUCUUAUUCAAAGCAAAGAUUCUGAGAUAUCCUCUCUGUUAUCCUCAAAAGAUGGACAGUUGUCAGGGUAUCUGGAGCAGCUUCAGGCUAAUCAUCAUGCUCAGUUAGCAGGGUAUGAGGACAGAUUGACUGCUCUCUAUACCAAGCAAGAAAGCUCUGAUAAAGAAGCAAAGUCUUUAGAAAGCAAAAUCCGAAGUCUUCAGGUCAGAUUGGACAGGUUUGCUCAGGAGAAGGAACAGUUGGUAAUAAAUGUUGCCACCUUUAGAAACUCAGUAUUGUCUUUGCAAGCUGAAAAAGAACAUUUGGCAUCGGAAUUAAAGCAGAUAAAGGCACAGGGUAAAGAAGAAUCUGCCGAGAGUGUGACCAAGAGCUUAAAACAAGAGAUCAGAACCCUUCUUCAUCAGAUGGAUGAUCUCAAUUCAGAGAAUGCUAUGCUCAAAGCUCAGCUUAUUAGAUACAGAGAGGAUUUAAACCAGGUUUUAUCCCUUAAAGACAACCAGCUGAAGGAUCUUCUCAAAAAGCAGCAGGAUUCCAUAAGAAACCUUGAGAACCAAAAACGAACCGUUGAAAUGCAUCAUUGUGAUGCCCUCUUAGAGGUACAGAAGGAAGCAGAGGAAAUCAAAGCCUUAAAAGAAGAAAAAAUGAAACUACAUUCUCAGGUGCAAGAACUGCGAGACAGUUUAUCGGCCUUACGGAAGGAGAAACAGGAGACAAAUGAGAGUAAAGUGAUUGCUGAUUUACAGCAAGCCAUCGCAGCAAAAGCUUCUGAAUGUAAUGAACUUCAGCAAAAGUUGUUCGCUCAAAAAGUGGCUGCAGAUGACUUGAACAGGAGCCUAAAGGAAACAGUCAAAGAGUCUCAAAAAAAGUUGACAGAGGCUGAAGAAAAGUACAGCCAAGAACUAAACGCUUUUAAGCGCGAAUUUAAUUUAAUGAGGAACGAGAGAGAAACUGCAGACGAAAGGGUUGCAGAUUUGGCCAGAAAUCUUAUGCAAGCAGAGCAGGAAUUGUCUGAAGCUAAAAGCCAAAACAAGAAUCUGAAAUCUCAGAAUGAAUCACUUGGAAAAGCCAUGGCAGCACUUCAAAAUGACCGGGAUCAGCUCAUAGAUGAGUUCAAGAUUCUACGCGGCAGAUACGACGAAGAGCUCAGGGAAGCUACAGCAUCCAUGAAUAAAUUUGAGCGGCAGCUGAACGAAUCCACCUCUGAAAUAUCAGCUCUUGAUACAGAAAAGAACAUCUUGGUCCAAAAGCUGCUGGCACUGGAAAGCAAAGACGCACAUUCCAAAUUAUCUGUGCUGGUGAACGACCUUUCACAAGCCGUAUCUGAGAAAGAGGGCCAGCUUAAACAGGCAUCGCUGGAGAAGAGCUCCUAUAGCAGACAGGUUAAUGCGUUUUCGAAAGCGAUGGUCAGUCUUCAAUCUGACCGAGACAGACUGAUGGAGGAACUCAGGAAGGCCAAGAAGGAAGUCGAAUGUAGACAGCAAUCAAGCCUUGAACCAUUCGAGCCUGUCAAAUCCAAGGAUUCAAAUAACCAUAGCAUCAGUGCUGGUUCUCUUCAGACUGAGAGAGAUGGCCUGCUUAAGGAGGUUGGAAACUUGCAGUCUCAGAAUGCCGAGCUGGUGGAGUUGAAGCAGAAAUACGAUGACCAACAUAGGGCACUACAACAAGCACACGCUUACAAACAACAGUGUGAAAAAGAUGUUCUUGGAUACCAGGCAGAACUAGCAGAGCUGAGGUCUGAAAAGAGCCAACUGCAGUCUGAAUGUCAAGCUCUCAGGGAGUCCAGCAAGGGGACUGGUUUUGUUUCAGGUAAAGGCACAUCUUCAGAGCAGGUUGCACAGCUGCAGGCUCAUCUACAGUGCUGCCUGGUGGAGAUUCAACAGCGAGAUUUUGGCUUUCAGCAGCUCAAUAUCAAGAUGCAGCAAGCUGUAGAAGAGAAAGCUGCCGUUUCCGCUCAAUUGAGAGCCGUGUCUCAGACUCUGAGGGAAACCCAGCUUAGUCUGAGUGAGCUGCAGAACCGCUAUUAUUGGAUAGCAAAUCAGCAACAAAUCCAGCACUCACAUGCACAGGGUUCGGUAUGUGCAGAAGUUGCACCCGGAGCUCCUCAGGAAAUCAGCAGCGCUUCAAGCAAUCUGGACGGAUUGGACAUCAGAGAACUCAAGAGCAGACUGGUAGAAGCAGAGCUCCAGCUGGACUCCACUCAGCAAAAUGUGUCUCAGCUCAACAACAGGCUGGAGGAGGAAAGGGUGCGAAGACAAGCAGCGGAGGAAGCACUGGGAUUGGCUGAGCAGAGGAUUAAGAGUAGGGAACCUAGCCCUUCCAGAUCUUCUGUGCGAGACUUUAGUAUCCGGUUAGACACAGAUGAGGAAUGGGAAGCUCUGAUUUUAGAUCCAAAGCAACACCUGCUUAUCCGCACGAUGAAGAGCGGCGUCCACUCGUGCCGCCGCUGGUUACGAGGCCGUAAUCUUUACUGCUCCAAGCUACUGACAUCCAGAGCGAAAUCCCGCUACUUUUUCCUGGUCUACCUGCUCGCACUCCAUAUCCUCGUCUUCAUGUGCUUCACUGGGGCGUUAUAGACUUUUAAAACCACGGACAGGUUGCUUGAGCAAAUGAGGAACUUUUCAAAGCAACGAGAAGUGCAGUUGUGUUCAAGAGCCGUUUGUUAUUUAAUCAGUUAUCAAACACCAACAACUUCUAACAGUUUAUAGUUUCUCUAUCACUCUUCUCUAGUAGAAGUAAAACUGUGUGUUCUGUAGAGAUGCUAUUAGCAUCAAUAUCAGACCCAAAUGAGCAAACCAGGCAACUCUGAAAAUACCAUUGCUUAACUUCUGCUCUUCUGUUGUAGCUGUUUUUUGAACCAAAGUUGAUGAAACAAAGCAUGCAAAUGCAGUUGUUUCUCUGAAGUCACAUAUAACUUCAUCAAACAGUGUGUAAGAAUACUGUUACAGCUACACAGUACAUGUGGUGUUAUUUACACAUAUGUACUGCAAUAGGCUUUGUCUUUCCUUUAUACUACACACUAAUCCCACUGAUUGAUGUAUGGCGGGAUAGAAUGCAUGUGUUUGUAGGACAUCAGCUUGGUGAUGACAGAUGACGACAUCAUCCUCAGAUUGCCAUCUAGUCUAACGAUCUGUGCUGUAGAUCCCUUGCUAAAUUAAGCAUUCUUCAGUAUUAAGGUUCAGCAGAGGGACCGUUUUGGUGUUUGGUAACUGAUGAGCUUUCUAAACAGUUUUGGUAUCACACAUCACAUCCAAUAAUUUGCCUGAGCUCACGUCAGAUGUCAUCGUGUCCACUCAUCAUGCAUCUGUCAUUUUCGCUGCUGAUGAGGUUAUUGCACUAAACAUUUAUUUCUAGAUUACAGGCUCGGUGUAUAGUGUAGCAGUGUCACCGGUCACAUUUUGUGAGACAGGACCUUUAAAGAUGGUUUUUGGUCCUAAUACAAUAUUGUACUCAUACCAUGUUCCUCAAACUUUGCCUUCACCAUCAACAAAUAUUCAGUUAAUCUAAACUAAGACCAGAACAGGACAGAAUUGGUUUUGCUGCACAAACUGCUGGCUUAUAUAGGCAGCCUCGUCCAGGACUUAACACAAGAGGUGUGAUGGUUGUGUAUGUUGAAUAUUGCAAUAUAUUGUAUAACAGAUGCGUAGCACAUACAUAGUGUGCUUGUGUGUGAGUGAGAGAGGGAGAGAGAAAGAAUUUGGAUUUUUUUUUUCUACACUGAAGUUAAUCAAAAGUGCUUAUGGGAUUUAAAGUGGUGCGUAUUUACUACACUACAUGUGUUUGUGUGAGACAGAGUGAAAUCUUUCAUUUUCAUCACAGUUCCUUUAAAACUCAUUUCUAUCAGCGAUUGCCGAAAUGAAGCUAUUGUAUCACACACACACACACACCCUUUAACUCCACAUGCAUGCUUGCUGAUAGAAUGCUGUGUGUUUGUGUAUGCUGUGACUGUGGCAACUACUUGGAGGUCUGGACAACGUGUGUGUAUUUAUUUCUACUGUGUAUUGAAGAUGGUGAAUGCAAGGUACAAUAAGCAUUAAUGCCAGUAUGUGUAGAUUGCAGUGUGUCCCGGUCAAGCUUGCCAGAUUCAGCUCAUCAGUUUCUUAACCCAUGCUUCAUGCAGUGUUUCUAUACAUUAGUAUGGUGAAGAAGUGUAUUUCUGCUCUAGCACACCUAAUUCUGUACUUCAUACCACACAGUAAUAUCGAAGCACCCAUUUUGAUCGGAAGAAGUUGCCUGAAAAUUUGGUCCAGUCGGUUGUGUUAGAAAGUGUUUUAAUGUGCUCGUGCUGCUCAACAUUUUAGUGAGUUUCUCACUUUAAAAAAAAAAUGAAAAAGAAAAAUGGGGCAUUUUAACAGGAAACACACCAGGGCUUUCCCCUAAAUGCAUGUUUGCCUCUCAACUCCAGUGCUGGCAGGUGCAUGGAAUUUGCAUGUUCUCCCUGUGCUUCUGGGGUUUCCUCUGGGAUACUUCAGUUCUCUUUAACCCAGUCCAAAGACCAGACUUGAGUUGGAAUCUGCUUCUCUAAUUUGUUUGUAAUGUGUGAGUGUUUGUGUGUGUGUGUGUACUGUAUGACUGUGCCCUGCGAUGGAACGACACCCCGUCCAGGGUGUCCCCUGACUUGUGCCCUGAUGGAUAGACUCCAUGUUAACUGCUCUUGUGUUGGACAAGCCCUACAGAAAAGGAAUGGGGGCAUAAUGCCCUGCAAGUUCUCAUGAGCUGGACAGAGGACAUGGACCCUAAACACACGAGAUUUUGCUUUAUGUCACAAGAUAACAAUUAACAAAUAACGUUUCCAUUACUUCCAUAUGUUUCGAAAAGACUUCACACUCUGCAUUAAAACUGCUGCAGAGCAUUGUGGGUAAUGCAUACAGGCUCUCAAAUGUGCAAGAAUAAAAUGUGCACAAUGAAGAAGUCUUGUUAGUGUAGAACUGGUGAAAUAAAGUCUUAAGUAAAGUUGCCUUUCUGGUAGGUCAAUUAUGCAGACAACACCACAGCAAAAUAACAAUGACAUGCUGAGAUUUUUUGACUCAUCGACAUAUUACUGACGAUACAUGAAUAUCGGCAUGUGUGAUGUGGGUGUGUUCUGAGGGGCUGAGGUGAGUUAGAGCAGGAACAUCUGUAAUGUGCAGAGCACAGCUGGAAAACACUGCUGGAUGUUAUGCUAUUGUGUAUGUGUGUAUAUAUUCUACAGAUGAUGUACUAUAUUUAACACUGAUUGUUUACAGGUUGACUGAUUUGCUGUAUAACGCUGUUCUACACUAAAGUGGUCUGUAAAUAUGGGACGAUUUAGAGCAAAACGGAUCUCUAUUUAAAAUGAAAACUACUACUGAGUGUAUUCAAAUUGUCCUAUUUUCUAUAUAAGGUCUAUUUUUGAGGAGAUUCAUUAGACUCAUGAAGAAAGACUGUGUCCUCUGUUGGUGGGCUGAAAUGUGUGCAAUAUGGUGGAGUGGUUUUGUUUUCUUUUUCUUUUCUUUUUUUAAUGAAGUUCAUUUUAAAUAAAGCUAUUAGAAAACUU